GCGUGGUUGAGAACGAUAACAUUUUGGCGCCAAAAUCAAAUUGAACAAUAAUAAGAAAACAAAAACCCAUUUCACAAACCUAAUUUCCUCCAUUGCUCUCUCUCUCAAAUCUCUGCUGCUUCUAAUGGAUUCCUUAUUUCAAGGCAUCAGAUCUAGAGAGCUCAACGGUUUCAAAGUUAAAAAGCGUCCAUUUAUUGGAGAUAAACCAGCAGAUUUUACUGAAUUUGGAACCCUAGCUAUUGAACACUAUGGUGAAACAACGCCUCCUUUAGCUAUUUCUUUUGCCAAGACUAGUAAAAAUUCGCAUAUUCUAGCCGUGUCGGAUGAGGAUGGGUAUUUGAGCUUGUUUGAUGCUAGAAACAAGUUUUCUUGUUAUGAAUCUCAUCAAGAAUGUUCAGAUAAUGCUAGAAUCGCUGAAUGGGCGGCUCAUCAGAAUGCUAUAUUUGAUAUAUGCUGGAUUAAGGAAGAUACCAAUUUACUUACAGCUUCAGGCGAUCAAACUAUUAAAAUAUGGGAUGCACAAGAGAAGAAAUGCGUUGGAGUUUUAAUGGGGCACACAGGAAGCAUAAAAUCUAUGUGUUCGCACCCGACAAAUUCUGAUAUUCUUGUUUCUGGCUCAAGAGAUGGCUCUUUUGCCAUAUGGGACUUGAGAUGCAACGCUGGUUCCACAAGUGAAAUAACAUGCACAACUCCAACUUCCGUAGUCAAAAGAGCUCAUCUUUCACCUUAUGCAAAGCGGAUUAGGAACGGAAAGGCGGCUUCCAUGAGCAUUACGUCAGUUCUUUAUCUUAAAGAUGAGGUCUCCAUUGCCACUGCUGGAGCAGUUGAUAGCAUUUUGAAAUUCUGGGAUACCAGAAAUCUAAAGGCUCAGGUGACACAGGCCUGCCCUCAUCCUAAAUCAACUGGAAAGGAGAGAAAAUUGCAUGGUAUAUCUAGCUUGUCCCAGGAUUUAAAUGGAGUGUUUAUUACUGCUUCAUGCAUGGACAAUAGAGUCUACUUGUACAACAGUCUUCAGCUUGAGAAGGGUCCAAUGAAGUCAUUCACUGGAUGCCGAAUUGAAUCCUUUUAUGUAAAAUCAGUAAUCAAUCCGGAUGCAACUCAAAUUCUUAGUGGUUCUAGUGAUGGAAAUGCCUACAUAUGGUCGGUCAACAAGCCUGAGAGAGAUCCCAUCACAUUGAAAAGCCACGAUGGAGAAGUUACAGCCGUAGAUUGGUGCCCUUAUGAUGGGAAGAUAGCAACUUCUUCAGAUGACUUCACUGUUCGAAUCUGGAACAUACAAAGCAACGACUGUUCAAGCUCAAGAUCACCAUCUUCUGUUCGAAGAAGAGUAAUGGCGAUUCCAAGUGAAGAAUGUAAAAGACUAUUAACAUAUGAAGAACCAAUAAGCCUUGCAAAAACUUCCAAUGAUUUGCACACUUCAGAUGAAUUCCACCAGCACAAUGAGUCUCCAAUCUCUGUCAGAACGCCUGCAGUGAGCGCGCCCGCAAUGAGUACUCCUGAAACCCAGAAGAGAAAGUUUGCAUCAGUUUCUGAUUUAAACGAGUUUUUUGACAGAACUCCUGAAGCUGCUAUGGCAAGCCCUUCUUCUGUAUUGAACCCUCCAUCUUCCUUGAAAAGAAAAACCAUUCGUGAUUACUUCAUAACAGCGUAAAGAGAUUUUUACGUAGUAUAAGAGGAUUUAUGUGCAGCAUUCCUGUGGGUGGCCUUCUUCAUCUGAGUUAUCAGUGCCCAUUUUCAGAUCAAAUUGGGUCGAAUCUGAAAUAAUACAGCAAAUAUUUUUGUAGGCAGUAUUUUGUCAGUUAAACUAAGGCUGCAUUUUUUUCUUGGACUGUACAUUUAGUUAAAGAUGAUUGUAGAAAUCAAAUAUGUAUAUUUGUAGCCUAUAUAAUGAUUAUCAUCCCUCGAUUCCAUAGAGAGUUAGUUUAAAAAAGAUGAAAAAAAAAAAUCUAUUUUGUAGUUGUUAACUAAGGAAACAUUUUCUUUUUAGUUGUGAUCAAUAUACAUUUAUUUAUUUAA